AUGGGGACACUGCCGGUGCCCCUCGUGGGGCUGGUGACAGGGACCUUCCCGUGGGGACAGCGGUGCCACCUGUCCCCUCCGCCCCGCGGUGUGUCCCCGCCUGUCGCAGCCUCGCUCAAGUUCAAGGUUCAAACUCCACGGGGCCUUUCCGGGGACCGGCGGGGACACAGCGCCAAUGGAGGGGACACUCAGCGACCGCAGGGGACACCCGUGUCCCUGCCCAGCCCCCCGGACACAGAGAGCACCCCCCGCCCCCGGGACCCCCCUGGGGACACGGAGCCCGACGGGGACAAAGUGUGCGCCGUGUGUGGGGACAGGGCCAGCGGGUACCACUUCCACGUCAUGAGCUGCGAGGGCUGCAAGGGCUUCUUCAGGCGCUCUGUCAUCAAAGGUGUUCGCUUCACGUGUCCCCUGGCGCGGCGCUGCCCUGUCACCAAGGCCAAGAGGCGACAAUGCCAGGCCUGUCGCCUCCAGAAGUGCCUCGACGUGGGCAUGAGGAGGGACAUGAUCAUGUCGGAGGAGGCGCUGAGGCGGCGACGGGAACUGCGGGGCCAGCGGGGCCAGCCCGGGGGCCAGCAGGGCCAGCAGGGCCAGCGGGCGGGACUGACGGGCGAGCAGCAGGAACUCAUCGAGCUCCUCAUGGCCGCCCACCAGCGCACCUUCGACUCCAGCUUCUCCCAGUUCAUGCACUGCUGGCCACCCUGCCCUGUCCCCACGUGUCCCCAGCCCGCCGUGCGCCUGUUCGUGCCCAGCCCUCCCGGCUCGGAUGUCCCCUCGGGGCUGUCGCUGUCGCCUUGCGAGGACGCUCUGCCGGACGUGGUGUCGCUGCUGCCGCAGUUCGCCGACCUGAGCACGUUCAUGAUCCAGCAGGUGAUCAAAUUCGCCAAGGAGAUCCCGGUGUUCAGGAGUUUGUCCCUGGACACUCAAAUCUCGCUGCUCAAAGGGGCCACGCUGGGGAUUUGCCAAAUCCGCUUCAACACCGUCUUCAACGCCGACACCAAAGCCUGGGAGUGCGGCCAGCGCUGCUACACCAUCCGCCACGGGGCCCUGGCCGGAUUCCAGCAGGUCUACCUGGAGCCGCUGCUCAAGUUCCACGAGAGCCUGCGGCGGCUGCGGCUGCACGAGGCCGAGUACGCCCUGCUGCAGGCCAUGCUGCUCUUCUCGCCAGACCACGCUGGCAUCGCCCAGCGCGAUGUCAUCGAUCAGUUCCAGGAGAAAGUGGCGCUGACCCUCAAGAGCUACAUCGACCACCAGCACCCCCCGGGCGAGGGCAGGUUCCUGUACGCCAAGCUGCUGCUGCUGCUGACGGAGCUGCAGACGCUGAAGGUGGAGAACACGCGGCAGAUCCUGCACAUCACGGACCUGUCGGCCAUGACGCCGCUGCUCUCCGAGAUCAUCAGCUGAGCCCUGAUGUCACCCCCGGGUCCCUUAAUGUCACCCCCAGUCCGCGCCGGGCACAGAGUAA